UUUCGUUUUAUUUACUAGUGACGCUAGACGUAAUGUGCUAGAAGGCUUUCAGUCGUAAACUUUAAACGUUUGUAUACUUGGAUGGCUUCCCCACGCACACCCAACGUUCUUGUCUUACAAGGAAAGAACUACGUUGUAGAAAAAUUACUAGGGGAAGGCGCUUUUGGCAAAGUGUACAAAGUGACAGAGAAUGGCAGAUCAGGCAGUGUUUACGCGCUGAAAAAAAUCGAAGUUCAGAAUAAUGAGGCAGUAAACAUGGUGAGAAAGGAGAUUGGUAUAUUGGCCAAGUGCAGACACGAUCAUAUUGUACGACUCUGCGGUCUCGAUACAACUAAGAUUUCCAGAUCAACUUUUGUUCUGAUUUUGAUGGAGUACUGUGAAGGCGGAAAUCUCAACAGUCGUCUAGCAAGACCAAGUGAUAGCGRUACUAACCUACGAUGGAUGAAAGAGUUGGCCGAUGCUAUGUGUUAUCUACACUCCAAUAACAUCGUUCAUCGAGAUCUGAAGCCAGAAAACGUAUUAUUGGCCGGUAAUGGGUGCAUCAAGUUGGKGGACUUUGGUCUCGCCAGAGAGUUCGCAGUCCUAAGACAAUCUCAUGCCAUGCUAUCAGACGAGUCGCUCGUGUCUUAUUUGAACCAAGUUUAUAUGGGAACAGCUCUAGGAACACCUGCUUGGAUGGCACCAGAGGUCUUUAGAGGACACUAUACGGAAAGUGCAGACAUUUUUGCUCUUGGUACAAUAGUGUUUGCUAUCCUAACACGGGCAUGUAUGUCAGCCGGGGGAAAGAAAUAUUAUGGAGCAUUUGUCAGUGCGAGUGGUCAAAGGAUUGGCCUCGGGAUGGCGAUGACACGGAAUACGAAUAUCAUGGUGCCCCUCGAUGGAUUGUCGAGUUUAACUAGACAGGUACUUCGUAGUAUGCUAGAUUACAACCCCAAGAACAGACCUAGUGCACAAAAAGUACUUGAAAAAAUUGAUUCUAGUCUUUACCUUGAUGACUUCUCGUCACCCAUCGAACAGCCGGGAUAUCCUACUCACGAUAUUCAACCCUACCGCCAGAGCCCCUUUCCACAACCACGCUGCUCCCCGAUGCCUGAUCCUCUUCCGCAACCUCCCUCCCCGAUCAACAACUUUAUUUCACAUUCCCUUUCUUCCUCCAGACAAAUCGCUACUGACAAUAUACUACCCCACCGCCAAAACCCCUUUGCACAACCCCACUCCCCCACCCCCAAUUUUAUUCCACCCCACAGACAAAGUCCCCUACAGAACAAUACACCCCACUAUCGUCAGGCAGGCCCUUCACCGAGAUUUGGACCCCCCUCUCCAAAUCAUUCCAAUCCCCGACCAAUGCAUAGAAUUUCCCCUUAUCAACGCACUCCCCUCUCACAGAAGUCCUUUCCUUACCUCCCCCACCCCCGGUGCACCCAUCAGGAACGUACCAUCACACACCCCACGUCCUGCAAUCAUCAGAUCCCCGGUACAUACAGUCAAUUCAAUAAACGUUGUCGUCGACCGGCUCAAGCCUACGCGACUGGACCGAAAGAAAUAUGGGUAAAAUUCACUGGUGAGAAUAUUUUUGCUAGUUUCAUAAAUCCACGUGGAUAUGCAUAA